AUAAGGCACUUAUAAUGCACCUGAUAUUUAACCCUUUUAGGUAUAAUAAAGCCACUGAAGAGAUAAAGUUGACACAAGGCAGGGCCUACUGGACUCGUAGAAACUUCAGUUUUAUAUUUAACAAGCAAGGAAGUUAUAGACCAGAAAUAUGAAGCAAGUUCUUAUUAAAAUUUUGAUCAAUGACCUUUGAAACAUGGAAGAUGGAGAGCUGGAGAAUGCCUGGGUUGAGCUGAUAGUAGAAUAAUUUUACAGCUAAAGCAAAGGAAGACACAACAGAAAGAAGUCAGUCAUAAAGUGUCCCAGUAGCAGCAAGUUUUGAAACAAACAGAAGAACAGAAAGAGCAGAAAGAGCAGAGUUAUUUGGAAGAGUCUAAGAAUCAGGUAAGUUAAGAAUUUAGGUAAGACAACAAGGAAGCUAAGGUUAAAAGCAAUGAUAAUGAGCAUCCAUUCUAUCAUAAUGGAAAGAUUCCUGAGAUAUGACAAAUGGGGUUUAGAAAUCCUUUAGAUAGUUAUAUUUAUAAAUGAUUCUUUGAAAAAAGAAGAGAGAAUAAGUUUAUAGUUAUUAAAGAAACAAAGAAGAUAAGUAUCGAACAGCAGAAUCAUUUUCUAGAAAAAUAAAAAACCAUCUGUAUAUGAAUAAUGCAUUCCCUUGAAUAGCAAUAAGCUAAUAUUUAAAGUUUAUUUAAAACAGGAAGGUCACUUGCCAUAACUUUGGAGAAACCAGCCCAGAUGCGAGGAUAAACAUUUUCAGAUUUACCAAAACAAACCUCAAGAAUCUUAACACAAAGAAGUCCUCUUAAGUUAAGAAUUGAAGAGGAGGAUGAAUCAACUGGAUACUACUAUUGGUUAUAAGCGAGCUCGUAAAUUGUAGAUCCAGAGUAUACUUAUCAAGUCAAACAAAAGAAUAACAAACCUCACCAAAACUAAGCCAAUCAACCUGAUCAGAAGAAAGAGUAUGAAGAGCCAAGAGAACAAGAAUAGCACAACUUGAAGUCCCAAAGGAAGAAUAAUAAGAAACAAGCCAGCCUUAAGAGGAUCAUAAACAAGAAUCUUUGUAAAGAGUACCCCAGCAAGUAAAGGAAAUUGAAGAAUCUACUUCUAUUCAACAAGAACACAGAAAGAAUUCUUCUGUAAAGAUGAGGAGCUUGUCAGCCUCACCCAAAUAAGUCAAGGCAAUCAGAUAAAAGAGGAAAUGCGAAAGAGCCAAAAGAACUGAAGUCUGAAAGUUUAGAGUAGUCAGGAAGUUUGUGUUACUAUUUCCUGAGUUUUUAAAACUUUUACUGUCCUCUUCAAAAAUUUAGAAUAUUAUGAGGCAUCAAAUAAACAAAACUUCACUUUUGAUAACAACCAGAUUUGAUCAUGUGAAAACAUAAAGAAGUGUCUUGAGGAUGAUGACUUGAUUACUAACAUAAUACGAUUUGUUCGACGAGAUUCUAUUCUUAAGGCUAUGCUUAAGAACAUAAAGCAAACAUCCUCUUUUUAUCUUGUACGAAAAGCAAGAACUGUAAGAUUGCUGUUACUUUGCUUCCUAAAAAGUUCCUCAAGAAAACUAAUAAUGAAUCUGAGCUAGAGACAAGAUAAACAGAGGAUAUCACCAUCCAAAUAACAAGAGGGAAAACAUUGGUAGCUGAUCUGGCUUAUACUAAUAUCUUUAUCAAGAUAAUAGGCAAGGAUUUAAAUUCAUCAUAAUUACCUUACG